CAGUUCGCUCCGGGCCGGCGCCUCAGGAAGAUGGAGAGUUCCAUGCUGAACCUACGGGGUCUGUACGAUCAACUCGUGCGCCAGGCUGAAGUUCUGAGUGAAGGGAAUGAAGCUCAGUUUAUCCAGUUAGCCAGGAACUUUGAAGAGUAUCGGAUGAGGCUGCAGAAAGCAGAGCAUGAGCUUGGCAGGUACAAAGAUCUCCUCAUGAAAACUGAAACUGAGUGCAGUGCUUUGGAGGUGAAGCUGAAACACGCCCGGAAUCAGGUGGAUGUGGAGAUCAAACGAAGGCAAAAAGCUGAGACAGACUGUGAGAAGCUGGAGAGGCAAAUACAACUGAUUCGAGAGCUGCUCAUGUGUGAUGCCUCUGGGAGCAUCCAGCUGAGUAAGGAGCAGAAGUCUGCCCUUGCCUUCCUCAACAGGCCCCAGGUUUCUCUAGGUGGUUCAGGCAACAAAAGGCUGUCUACAAUAGAUGAAUCUGGCUCAAUUCUGUCAGACAUCAGCUUUGACAAGACUGAUGAGUCCCUGGACUGGGAUUCCUCUGUGGUGAAAGCUGUCAGACUGAAAAGGAGAGAGAAAAGGCGUUCCUCCAGGCAGUUCACUGAAGGCCCCCCAGCUCCUCAGAAGAAAUCCCGCUCCAUUUCCUCCACCGUGGAUCAGGGCAACGAAUCCAUAGUGGCCAAGACAACUCUGACAGUGCCCAACGAUGGAGGCCCCAUUGAAGCCAUCUCAACCAUCCAGACUGUGCCUUGUGCUCUGAGAAGCUGGAGGAGGAGUGGUCCUUUGCAGCCCUGGAGCAGUGACUCAAACUCUGUCAGUAAGCAGCAGGAAUUCAAGUCAGAGAGUGAUGGCUCUGCCACCCCUCAGAGCAAUGGAGGAGUCAGGCUGCAUGAAUUUGUCUCCAAGACGGUUAUCAAGCCAGAAUCCUGUGUUCCAUGUGGAAAAAGAGUAAAAUUUGGGAAAAUCUCCCUGAAGUGCAGAGACUGCCGUGUGGUCACUCACCCCGAGUGCCGGGACCGCUGUCCCCUGCCCUGCAUCCCCUCCUUGGGGGGCACCCCUGUCAGGAUUGGAGAGGGGACCUUGAUGGACUUUGUGCCCUCCACUUCUCCAAUGAUCCCUUCCCUCGUAGUGCACUGUGUGAAUGAGAUUGAGCAACGAGGGCUGCACGAGCAGACAGGGCUGUACAGGAUAUCUGGCUGUGACAAGACAGUGAGAGAACUGAAGGAGAAGUAUCUCAGAUCAAAAAAUAUCCCUCUGCUCAGCAAAGUGGAUGAUAUCCACGCCAUCUGUGGCCUCCUCAAGGACUUCCUACGCAGCCUCAAAGAACCUCUCCUCACUUUCCGCCUCAACAAGACUUUUAUGGAAGCUGCAGAAAUCCCAGAUGAGGACAACAGCAUUGCUGCCAUGUACCGAGCAGUUGAUGAACUCCCUCAGGCCAACAGGGACACCCUGGCUUUCCUCAUGGUGCACCUCCAAAGGGUGGCUCAGAGCCCAGAGACAAAAAUGGACAUUCCCAACUUGGCCAAAGUCUUUGGCCCCACAAUAGUUGCUCAUGCAGUGCCUGACCCUGACCCUAUGACCCUCCUGCAAGACACUAAACGACAGCCCAAGGUAGUGGAACGUCUCCUGAUGCUGCCUCUGGAUUAUUGGAGCCAGGUGAUGAUGGUGGAGCAGGAAAACGUGGAUCCAGCUCAUGUCAUUGAGAACUGCAAUGCCUUCUCCACUCCCCAGACACCUGAUACCAAAGUGAGCAUUCUUGGACCUCUCACUACUCCAGAGCAACAGCUUUCCAAGACCCCUUCCUCCAGCUCCCUGUCCCAGAGGGUCCGUUCUACCUUCAGCAGAACCACCCCCAAAUUUGGGAGCAAAACCAAAUCAACAACCCAGCUGGGGCACUCGGGCACCUUCUUUGCCUCUCCUAUGCUGAAGUGAAGUGGAGCUGGGAGGCAGAGCCAGCCCAACACUUUCCCACCCAUAUGCAUGAGUACAUUAAAUACAAGUUUUCUCCCCAGCAGCUUAUGUUAGAAGAUCUUUUUCUCUUUCUUUCAGCUUAACUGAGACUUUUAAUGGGAUUUUAUUGUGCAAUGUAUUUUUAUUCUCAAAUG